UCUUCCAACCACCACCACUACUUUUUGCUCAACUUGCCUCCAUACCCUCUCCGAUUCAACAAUCGCGAAAACGAAAGAAAGAAACACUCUCCUGAAAAGAUGACCCGUCCAACCUCCCUCCUCACUCUUACCCGGAGAGGACUCUUCCAUCCCUCCACCCCCCGCACCGCACUUCCCCUGGCGCCCUCAGCUCCCCGUAACCAUCUCCGCCAAUGCCAACCCCAAUCGCAAAUCCACACCACAACCACCCAACCCAACUCGCUCACAACUCCUCGCCUCUCUCAAAAAACAAGUCCAAAACUAUCGCCUAAGCCCCGCGCCUACCAUUCCGACCACCACCCCACUCAGCCCCACGACUACACCAACUCGCAAACCACCAUCCUCUCCGCCGCCCUCCACCACGUCCCCACGCACGGCUUCUCCCGCGACGCCCUCACCCUCGGCUGCCGCGACGCCGGCUUUCUCGAUGUCUCUGUGCAGCUCCUCCCGCGCGCCGAGUUCGAUCUGAUCCUCUUCUGGCUCGCCAGCCGCCGCGGCCUCCUCCGCUCCAAGGUCGAAUCCGACGGCCUGUUGCUCCCAUCCUCCACCGGCGGUGGCCCCGUGCUCUCCGUCGACGACAAGAUUCAGAUCCUGUUGAUGGAACGCUUGCGCAUGAAUGCGGAGGUCAAGGAUCAGUGGCAGGAUGCAUUGGCGGUCAUGUCCCUCGGUGAAAACAUCCCCCUCUCGCUCUCCGAACUCCACGCCCUGGCCGACGAUAUCCUCAAUCUGGCCGGCGAUAAAUCCGUCGAUGCCUCGUGGUAUUCGAAGCGCAUGGCGGUGGCGGCCGUGUACGCCGCCUCGGACUUUGUCAUGACCCGCGACACGAGCGCCGGACUGCGCGACACGGAGGAGUUCGUGGCGCGCAGAUGGGCGGAUGCCCGCGCUGUCGGGAAUAAGCUUACGGGGGUGAGGGAGUGUUUGGGGUUCAUGGGGUCGACGGCGGUUGGGUUGGGGCGGAGUUGGGGGUUGAAGAUCUAAAGAGAGAGAGACAACGGACUCUUUAAGCA